AUUUAACAGAAAGCGGGAAAUUGUAAUGACAUCAAUUAAAAACAUUAAGAAAGGUUUUUUUAUUACGCGAAAUAUUAAAUUGGGUGUGGAAUUUCUGGGAUACCUUCACCUUCAAUUGUCGUUUAUUGACAUAUGGUAAAAGCCAAUAGCGUGAACAGUUUUGCGCAAAUUUCAAGUGAUCAAUAUGGGUCAAAUCAUUUGCUAGGGAGAUCAAGAAUCUAGUAUUGAAAGUUCUUUAAUGAAGGUCACGCCGACAGUAUUUUUAACACACACUCUAAAUCAAUGAAUUGGCCGAAUAGUCGACUCCUUAUGACAGCAGGCACCUUAUGCAAAAACUGAGCAGCAAAAUAAGAAAAUAAUUGAGACAAGACUGGCGGCAAACUACGUACAAAUCCUUCAUGAAUAGCUCAGUGGGUAAUGGCCGUUUUGGCAGUCCCGACUACAUGAUUCUAUUCUUCAUUUGGGAAAGAAAAUUCACAGUAAACUUAGAAAGAGAUGGUUGCUGUAAAGUAAGUAAAUAGUAGCUGCUCGCAACAAAUUAAACAUUUAUGAGGAUGGCUCGAAAAUGGAAGACGGAGUGGUUGGGAAAUAUACUAUCCGGAGUUAAGCACAAUGCAGCUUUUUAAAUUGUCGAAAUAAUACAGUAUAUUUUAAGCUAAUGUUUUAGCUAUUGGAAACGCCGCGGAGCUAGCCUCUAACACAUCAUUAGGUAAUUCUAGUGAUGAUGUAUAGGUGGACAGCUAAGUAGCAAACAAGGUAAUUACAUUGUUUCUCAUAUCAGCCAAGAGUGCCUUGGUAAGCAAGGCAGCAGCGGACAGGGUCGCCAACAACAAGCGGCUUAACUUCUUCUGGGUACAAGCUCACAAAGGCACUGAAGGUAAUAAGAUAGUGUGCGAGCUUGCCAAGAGUGGUGUACGGCUGUCAUCCGGAAACGUGACAGACAUUGGUAAAUCGAUGCAUUGUCGGUACGACAAUCUAGGCAGGAUCAUGACAAGGAAGGUCAAAACGCGAUAGAAUAACUUACCCGGCUGUAAAACUGCAAAAGUCAUGUGUAAAGAUAGAUCAGAAAUAUCCGAAGUUCCUACUGCACAUUUUGUGCACUUGUCCCGCAUUGGUUUUGACACUGAAACAAACCUUAACAUCUUACCUAUAAAGUUAAUUUGAAAGAAUGGAAAGCUCCCUGAGGCAAUAGGUGAUCUAAAUUUCGUUUCCUCAACAUAUUUUAAGCUUUAUUUUUAUAUGUAUGCCAAACGGCUAUUGAACGCAUAGAAAGCAGAAAAGAGUGAAACUUUUAUCGUGAGAAAACUGAAAGAAGUGUCGGGGGAAAGUGACAUUGGUUCAAACCUUGGUCAAAGAAAAUAAUCUGUAAAUAUUGUGAAGGAAAUAGCUUCUUACAAAAUCCAUCAUAAAUCAGGAUUGCUCAUUGGUUCGUAGAUCAAAAGCUUAGGUGACUUAACUAGCUGGUCGGGUUGCUAAAAGAUGCAAUAUACUUGUAGCAAGGUUUAACAAGACUCAAUAUUAUCUAAUGGCUGCUGGAGCACCAUUUACCAUCUGUAUAGUUGAAGAAGACGGAGUGAGAGCGCAGACGUAAACAUAUUUGUUAGCUGAAUCAUUUUUUUUUUUGCAAAUGACCUGCUUUUUUACUUUUCUUCUAAUGAAUUACGCAUACACUGCUUGCCACUACAGUUUUUAAGAGCGCCAAGUAGUCUUAGAAAUUAAGAGACACCGUUGGUAGUACCAAAGAGCAUAAGCUGUGCGAUUUCUUAACUUCUACCUAUUAAGCAAUCACUCCGCAGCGCAGCCGUGUGAAAAGGUAAGAGCGAAAGUAAAAAAAAUUAACAAAAAUUAUUCGGAGAGUCAAAACGCAAAGGAAUUACGUAUUUACACAGGUAAAGCGCAUUAUAUACAUACAUACAUGUAUUUACGUUGCAGCAAUACCAACUCAUGAUGAAAUAGGCAUCGCAAUUAGCGACUAUCUAGUCAAUGUCCUCUAGCAAGCGUUAAAAAUUGUGCGAAAAAAAACGAGUAAAACCGGAAGAUUGAGAAUGCUGACGAUAAGCAGCAAACUGCGCUAGGAACCAAGAUAAGCCAACCAACAACCAAUAGUACUCGCAUGCCGUGGUGCUCGCCAUUUACCAAAUGCGCGAUACGCCUGGAUCCAACAAUCAGUUGCUCACGAGCUGUGAACAAAGUGUAUUCGUUAUAUUUUUUAGCUGCGCAAAACAACACUUGAAUUGACGUAUUUCCAAAAUAAUACAUAACUAAAUGUUUAAAGGCAAAUUUACAGACAAGAAAAAAAGCAAAACAAAAAUCAUAAAAUUUUGAAGAUAAUAAAAUAAAAAUUUGCGUAUAGAAGUGUCAAAUAAAGUCAAAUAAACUAAAAUAAUUGCUCAUUACAUUUUAUUGUGUGUGUGAGUGUGUAUAAAUAUUCCUCUAUUUUCUAUUUCAUCGCCCAUAAAUUGUGCACAGACAUUAAUCGUCUAUAAAUAUAUAUUGUAAAUAAAAAUAAAAAAACUUCAAAUUAACAACAACAACUUAUUAUUGCGGCUAUAAUAGCAGCCUUUUUCCGUGAAUUAUUAAAAUUAUACCCACAUACAAACCAUACACACGCACACAGCUGUUGUGUUCCCAACUCGCUUCGUAAAUUACAUGCCAAAUAACGUGCACAAACAAGUAUAUUUUAAAACGAAGAAAAUAUAAAUUACUUGCAUUGUGUGUUAUAAAGGUGAUUUGUUGUUUUUGUGUGUUUUUAUUUUUUUAAUCCAGCGCAGUUACCAAGGUGUCAAACGUAACACUGUAUAACACCGGGGAAAUAGCAGUGCCAAUUCUCAAUGUCGAACCUACAAACGGCUUCUCUAGAAGAAAUUCGCGAAUUUGCUUCGCGCCUGUGUCGCGACUACUUGACUGGCCGCUGGAAAACGAUCAGCCCGGCUGAUAUCAUUGUCAAAAAGAUUAAUGGCGGCUUGUCGAACUUUCUGUAUUAUGUAAGUUUACCGACGACUGACAAUAACUCACAGUUUAUCACACAAAAUUCCACAGCACCACAAGGCAGUGAGGACUAUCUUCGAUUAAACGGUGAUAGUAGCGACUUCUUAACCAGUGAAAACAAUAAUGAGGAACCUUUAGUGGUUCGACGAAAGUCGAAUAGUGAACCAAAUGAGGUUUUACUGCGCAUAUAUGGCGAGGUACAUGGCGAGGAGGAUGAUGCUUUGGGUGGCAUUAUCACCGAAUCCGUUGUCUUCGCAUUACUGAGCGAAAGGAAUUUCGGUCCAAAAUUAUAUGGCAUAUUCCCUGGCGGCCGUCUCGAGCAAUACUUAAAUGCUCGCGCUCUACUUACAUGCGAAUUAGCGAUACCGAAAAUUUCAAAGAAAAUUGCCGAGAAAAUGGCCGAAAUACACACCUUAGAUAUACCAAUGUCAAAAGAGCCAGAAUGGCUCUGGAAUUGCAUUGACCGUUGGCUCAAAACGUUAACUGGCAUUUUGUCACGAACAGACUGGGGUGAUAAAACACCAUUGGUGGAUGUGGUGCGCAAUUUCGAUUUCCGCAAAGAAAAGGCCUGGCUGCAAUCUGUCAUCAAUGAGGGCAACUACAAAGUUGUUUUCUGUCACAAUGAUAUGCAAGAGGGCAACAUACUUUACUCCAAUUCUAGCAACAGCGAUAAGACAAGUGGAGCGAGUGACUGUCCGAUAAGCGCUGAAGAUGAGCUACAAAUCCCGUACACACAAAUCCGUAAUGACGAUGAAUCAGAUUUACAAAUUAUAGACUUCGAAUAUUGCGCUUACAAUUAUCGCGGUUUCGAUCUUGCCAAUCAUUUUAUAGAAUGGACCUUCGACUAUAGUAACCCAGCGUCGCCGUAUUAUUACCACCUCAAACAACAUUAUCCCACCACAGAACAACGUCAGCGCUUCUAUAGCUCAUAUCUCCGUAAGUUGCAUGAGGAUUCGCCGGGUUAUACGCCGACAGCGCGGGAACUCAGUGAAAUGGAUGCUGAAGUGCGUGUCUUUUCCAUGUUUUCACAUCUCUUCUGGAGUGUAUGGAGUGCGGUGAUGACGCUGGCCACCAUCGAGUUCGGUUACUGGGAGUACGGCGUCGCGCGUAUACGUGAAUAUCAGCUACUGAAAGAAACUUAUGAGCGUGAGAACGCCAAGAAAUCGUGAUAAUUGUUCAGUUUUAAGUUUUACAUAUUCUUUGUUUGUCAAGUAGCGCUCAGUUCGAGUAUAAGACAUAACUCUAAGUGGUGUUGUGGCGCCUUUUGUGCUGUUAUUCGCUUGAAUUGUACUUACGAAUUUAGAUAUCGGUACUAAUUGUGACUAAAUUUUUAAUGCAUAUAUAUUUUUUUAAGCGAAAACAUGGUUAUAAAUGACAUAUAUAUGUAUAUUUUUCUAAGUCAAAACAUACACACAUACAUUCAUGCAUACAUGAACAGAAUUUCCUUAUACAUUUACAAAAAUACAAAUAAACAAAUUAUAAGUAUACAGAAA